AUGGCAGUGAUCAGGGUUGCACCAGAGUUAAAUGUAUUUGCUGGUGUUUCCUUCAACAGUGUUUACACUCAGAUCUGGAGGGUGCUGCUACAUCUCGCUGCAGACCCUUUUCCUGAAGUGUCAGAUCUGGCCAUGAAGGUCCUCAACAGCAUCGCAUACAAGGCAACCAUGAACGCUCGGCCCCAGAGGAUCCUGGACUCGGGCUCUCUCACCCAGUCGGCCCCCGCCAGCCCCACCAGCAAGGGCACACACAUCCACCAGGCCGGUGGCUCCCCCCCCAUGCCCAGCGCCAGCAGCUCCAGUCUGACCAAUGAGGUUCCCAAACCCCCGGCCAGAGAGCCCCCAGCCACACGGCCCCCCUACACCCCCACCCCGGGAGGGCAGGCGCCCCACUCCCACCAGUUCCCCCGCACACGCAAGAUGUUUGAAAAGGGACCGGAGCAGGGAGGGGAGGAUGGUGACGAGCCGUGCCACAGGAACUAUAUCAGCGCCUCCCUGCAGACGGGCCUCUGUGAUUGGAGCGCCAAGUACUUCGCUCAGCCCGUCAUGAAGGCGAACAACGACUCUCUGACUCCAAUCGAAACAGUUUGCUCAGAGUUUAGGGGUCAGAACUCAAGCAUCUGA